AUGAUGAAUUGCUCGCGCUUCUACUUCGAAUGGAAAGGUCACCCUAUCGACGAUCUGGCUACCUUUCGUACCAUCACACUCACAGAACGGCCCGGGAAGCCAAUCAUAUACUUGGCUGGCGAUUCAUCUCUCGAUAAUAAGUACUGGGUUGAUAAAAGAAGUCCUAUAGUCCCGUCUCGGCUACCAGAUAUCUAUUCCAAGGCGUUCAAGAGCCCUGUUGUCCCAAAGCCAGAUGUUGCGUUUUGGCUCAACAAUCUGCUGGAGGAUCGUGCUACAUGCAUCAACACUGCAGUGGAAGAGUCGAUGCUUCGAGAUCGAGACGAGAUGCUGAUGCCGCAUGAUGAGUUCAUUCGCGACAAUAUCCGGUCCAACGAUGUGUUAAUUGUCAGUGUUGGUGCAAACGAUGUCGCCUUGAAGCCAAAUUCCUCCACGAUCCGCCACAUGCUGCAGCUCGCCUGGCUGACCCCUCGCAAGAAUUUAGAGAAUGGUACUGCAGGGGCAUUGAAAUAUUUCAAGCAUAUGUUCGGCACAAAGGUCGAGAACUACGUCACCCGUCUUACCGCUAAAACGAAACCUCGUGCCGUCAUCGUCUGUAUGAUAUACUUCCCACUCGAGUCGGGCUUGGGACAAACUAGUUGGGCUGAUGCGCAACUUAAGGCACUAGGAUACAACUCAUACCCUGGUCAACUGCAAGCAGCCAUUCGAGCGAUGUACAAGAUUGCGACAAAAGAAGUCCGAGUCGAUGGUACGGAGGUAGUACCCUGCGCACUACAUGAGGUUCUUGAUGGCAAGAGCGUUAGUGAUUAUACAGCCAGAGUUGAGCCAAACGAAUCGGGCGGAAAGAAAAUGGCCGUCAAGUUCGUUGAACUCCUGGACGAGAUUCUACAAAAGUAA